UACGAAUAAAAGUAUAAAACAGUUUUCAAAAUGGCGGUCCAAAAUGUUAUUUUGAACACCACUGAGGCUCUGCGUCCACUACGUAAUGAAGUCGAUAAUUUCUUUUUGUUUAAAGAAGAAGUGAAAACAGCUCUCACUUCAAUUUUUGAAAAACACUGUGUGGGCCAAAGCUCUUUAAAACGAGCUAAGAUGUCACAAAUUCCAGCGUCAGCACUCCUCGAAGGAGAAGUAAAGAUGUGGCUAAAGAUGCUCCAUAGGCGCCUCAGUCCAAGAAUGAAGGCCCGAAGCGGUUGGACCGUAGAGUUUAAACGGGCGAUGUCCUCGGAAAUAUUCUCCUUAAUUUUACAGAGUGUUAAAAAGGCCCGUUCCGCUUAUGGUGUUUCGUACAAAGAAGAAAAACACACAGAUGUCAUCUACUAUCACCGAGAGAACAGACUUAUUCGAGAUUUUGGCAACUUAUCCGAGCUAAACAACGACUCAGUUCGAGAAUUCCUAACGAAGAAGAGUAAAGGAAUAAGUAAAGGAACUUCAAAAGUUUCCAUAAGUUCUGAAACUCCUUUCACCAUCACAUUUACUAAGAGGACACAGCAAGUGGUGGUGAAAGCCCACUACAAAUUCACCAAUGAAUUUGGCUACACCUUCUCGUAGGCAUAUACAAGUCAUGAAAACUAAACAAAAUGGAGUAUAUUCCAGGCUGUUUGUAAUUAUAAGUUGUCCUAACAUUAUGCACUCAGCUGAUUUGAAGUUUCUUACCUUCCCUUAAUUGUAUUCCACUCUGCACAGUUACCAAUAAAUCAUAUUAAAAUAC